AUUUUAGGCCCGUAUAAGUGGUCAAUUUAAGCCCUCUGAUUGGCUGAACCAAAAUUCCAUACCCCAGAUUCCAAAAAAAAAAAAAUUCCAGGAUCCCAGAUACGGUCCGAACCUGAGCAUGUCAGGAGAACCUACUACGCCUCCCGCUACUGCUAUACGACGAUCACGUCGCCGAAAUCUCCAAAACAAGUCCUCGAAUAUAGACGAGACCUCCUCAUCAGUUGUCUCUGAAGAGAUAGAGACCCCAACGCCUUCCGGAGCCAAUCUGAGCUCUACCAAUACCGCCAACAUGGCUUCCACAAACGAACUUACCCCUGAUCUUGCUGAUAUGAUGCGACAAAUGCUUGCUCGCCAGAAUCAGAUGGAACAAGAUAUGCGAGACCGUGAAGCUAGAAUGGAGCUAAAACUGGCAUCUAUCAUCCAGUCUAAUACUCCACAAGCUUCCUUGCCUUCAAAUACAACCCAAGAUACUACACCAAUGGAUAUCCAACCGCCUCUGCGUGAUGCCUCAGACACAAAUAUCAGCAAUGCUAUUGCCCUUGUCCAAGCCGAUGUCGAUACGCUACUGCCUGACCGAUGCCGUGUCAUCUUGACACUGGAUAAUUACGAUGCAUGGAGCUCUGCCAUACAAAAAGAAGCUGGUAUUCUCAAUGCUAUUACAACUCUUCACCAGGACUCUCCUCCUGCUGGAUCAUCUCCACUUGAUGCUGCAGUUUGGCACAGAAAAGCCAUUGUCAUGAGAGCCCGUAUGCUCAAUGCCAUGACAACCCCUGCUUCCGAUAAACUAGGCACCGUAUAUGACCUCUCUGCCCAUGGUCUUUGGGACCGAGCUGCCACACUUUUUGGCAAAUCCACCGGUGAAGAGCGAAUGGGCCCUUACCAUGGAGCUCAAAGAGCUCUAUAUAAAGGAUAACGAUUAUCUCACCUACCAGUCAUCCUUUAAUCGAAUCUUUGACCGCCUACACGCUAUUGGAGAAGAAUCUCUUGAAACACUGAUCACGGGCGCGUCGCGGCCCGAGCAAAUCUAUGAGAACGUCAAGGCAGUUGCUGUCGUCCCGAAGCUGACGCCUGAGAUUCUCGAAAGGAUUGAGCAGGCGACGCAGAAUGCGCCUGCGACCCUGCCUUUGCGCUUUUAGUUUUCUGGCUCCGCUAAUGGAGAUGGUUACAUCUGUGGAAGCCAGACAUGUAGAGGCAGUGGUGGUGGUAGUGGUGGCGGUGAAAUCUGAUGAAUGAAACCAUCACAUAUCAGAAAGUGUCUAUAUCAUUUGUUAGAAACUUCAUGCAAAUCAUCUAAUCCCAUUACUCGCCCGUGAACUAUGUGUUGAAAUAAUAUUUCUUGCGAAAGCUCAGCCCAUACGAGCAUUGGUUGUGGC